AUGGUACGACCAUUUGGAGAGAUAGGAAGUCAUAGGAAACACGUAUUGGAAUGGUACAGAUAUUCAUUACGAAACAUUAGGGCCAACGUACCCACUGAUAAUCUCCAGAUUGAGCUUUGGAACACAUUGAGACAAGCAGUACGACGUAACAGAAAUCAUAAAGCUGGCUGGUACGUACGUGGAUUAUUGGAGGAUCUCUCUCAUCUGAAUAAGUAUAUUGUCGGCGAUGAUAUAAUCAAGCUAGUUGCUCUAAAGAACAAAUACACAGAGCAGAUCGAGCCUGCUCCAGAACCGUUGCAGCAAGCGAACAAACCAAUUUCUGGUGUGGUGGUAACUGAAAAUAUGGGGGAUGAGAGUCGAAGGGAAAAAAAGAAGCGAUUAGCACCUAUUCCUGGUGAUGGUGAUUUAUACCGCUACCUUCUUAGAUAUUAUAAAAUAUAUGGUCCGACUAAAACGAUACCUCGUAAACAUAUCGACGAGCUACUCAGACCUCUUGCAAUCCACGAGAGAUACUGUAAAAUUUUGUACAGGAUUGAGUACCGCAUUGCCAAGGGCCCCCCUAAAGUUUCUAUUAACUACACCAACGCUGGCCAAUCCCGAAUUUGGUUCAUACGAUCUCCAUUCAAUAGGAAGGCACGCCAGUCUAAGAAAUUGACAGGAAUCAUAAUUAAGGCACGGCUUAGAGCUCAAGAUAAUCUCGAUAGAUUUAGGGAGUGUGAAUCCAAACUUUUCUAUGCAUUUCAAGAAGCACAAUGGGAAUAUACAUUGAUUCACAAACAACCAUGUUCACGAAAAUUCAAUGACGUCGUGACACAGAUAAAGAGUGGUAAGUCCAAUGACAUCCCUGCAGUGUUCAUCGACUGGAUAAAACCAAUCCUCGAAGAUAUGGACAUUCUCAACCGGAUAAAUGCUAAUACACAGCGUAAAUUCACCGAAAGUAGAGAUCACUUAAUUGACGGAAAACAAUAUGAAUAUUAUAAACAACUGAACCAAAGACUUUAUAAAAAAAGGCUUGAACGAUUCUUGGGCUUGAAAGCAGAGUUACCAACGACAAACCCAUUUACCGAAGAGAAAAAUUUAGGUGCUUUGCUUGUUAAAUGGAGGUUCCUUAGACCAGAUCAAUUAGUGAAAGUUAAAUCGUAA